AUGGUUUCAGGUCAGUUCUCCUUCUUCUCAUGUCAUCUCUACGAGUAUCACCUUAUCAAAAAAAAGAAGACCUGGGAUGACGCUCAGAACUACUGCAGAGACAAAUACACAGACCUGGCCACAGUGUGUGACGUGACAGACACGAGGAGACUCGGUGACUUAGUGACUACGCCAGCCUGGAUCGGGCUUCACAGCAUCCCAGGAAGAGAAAACCGGAAGUGGCACUGGUCUCUGCCGGAGAUGCCAGGGGUCGAGCCUGAUGAUAUCAGGAGUUAUUUUGGAGACAGAGAGCCAAAUGAUUCGGGAAGUGAUAAGAACUGUGUGGAAAUUACUGGAAACAAACUGAAUGAUUUCAAGUGUGAUAAGAAACGUGAAUUUAUUUGCUUCAACGACUCAGCAGCUGAUAUGUCAUCAGGUGAACUAUCUCCCCACAACUCCCCCCAACCCAAUGAUCAAGAAGAUAAAGUGGUCUUAGUCACACAAGAGCUGACCUGGGAGGAGGCCUUAAACUACUGCAGAGAGCACCACCGUGACCUGGUCUCCAUCACUAACCCCCAACAGCAGAAAUGGGUCCAAGCCAGGGCCAAGAAUGCCUCAACCGACUAUGUCUGGCUUGGACUGCGUUACACCUGCACCAUGGAUCUGUGGUUCUGGGUCAACGAUUAUCUGGUCUGCUACGACAACUGGAAAACCCCAGAUGACGGGAAAGACCUAUGUGACUAUGCUGCAGCCAUGGAGAAAAAUGGAGAACAUAAGUGGGUCAAAAAGGUUGAUACAAAUGAAUUUAAUUUCUUUUGCAUCUAAAUGAAAGUUUAUGUCAUGGACCCCCUGACAUAACUGUGUGCAGUGUACUCUCUGUGUUUAUGGUGCUUUCAUAAGUGUCCUGUUUUGAUCUGUUCUGAGUUUUCUUUGAGUGAUUUUUGGUUAUUCUUGUUUCCAUUCAGGUUCAUUUAGCUUCUAGUGUUUGUUUCAUUGGUCUGAUUUUCCCUUGUGCUAUAUUUCAGUUAUUUCCUGAGUGUGGUUUUUAUGUUCUCCUUACUUUUUGUAUACCCUUAUGUCUGUGUAUUCCUUGUCUUUGUUUUGUCUGGUGCUUCCUGUUUUAUUUUGAAGAAUUAUCUCCCUGUGUGUUAAAGGUUAGUUUUACUUCCUGUGUUUUCCCUCCUUUUUGAUUGUCUACACUUGUGCCUUGCUGUUCUUACCUGUGUCUCCUUACUCGUCCCCAUAGGCCCAAUCUCAAUGCCUUUUUGAGCCCUUCAUGACCCCUUUCUGUAAGUUGGCAUUUUUGCAGCCUUAGCGUAAGGGAAUUACCCAGAGUUCAUAGCAUUGUGAUGUUAAACAAGGGAUUCCCAGGGGAAGUCUGCGAGCAUGGAACGAACACCAUGACCUGAAAUAACAAAAAGAGGGACGGUCAACAAGAAGCAGGACGGUGUAACAAAUGUUGGCAUUUCCAAAAAAGUUUGCUUGUAAGUAUAAAUGUUGAAAACAGCCUCAAUCAGCCUUAAUCUGUUUAUCUUGACACAUUUAUGUGUGUACAGUAUCAUUUAUAUCUUUAUAGUUUUUCAAUAUUUAGAAUUUAAGUUAAGCAGUCUGUACGGUAAGAGCCUGGAUCACAUGGCAGUCAGUCAGUCCGUCCCUUAAGCGCCAUGAACUUAAGGAAGGUAAAAAUUGUGCAAUCGAAAUUCCUAAUGCCGCUAAGUGAUGAUGUCAUGCAGGUCACGUGAGAGGUCGUAAAGUGAUGUCCCAUUUCCAGUUCUACAGUUUUGAGCCUUUACAGCCUCCACUUCACUUUAAAGGUGAAUU